AUGGCCCGGAAGCAAAUGAAUAAGAGUGGAACCAAGAGGAAACUAUCACACAUUGAGGAGGACGAGGAGCAAAAGGAUACGCCCAUGAGCGGUUUCAAGAGGAGGCACAUGGUCUACAACGAUCACUUGAAAGGUCCUACCGAAGGAGAAGAUGGUGCGGAUAACAGCGCCCAAACGGCAGCGAGGUUCUCAUGGGAGGACGACAUCGAUGGAGACGUGAGAGACUUCCUUGAGCAACACUGCGUCAUCCACAAGGCGGUUGAUGGACAAGGUGACGACGUCGUAUACCUUAGGGUGUUUGACGACUUCCUCUUGCAGGAGCAGCAGCAAGAAAACGAAUGCACGGAUGCCUAA